AGAUGGGUCAAUGAUUUUUCAAGUGCUAAAACUGUGAUUUAUGGUCAGGUAUUAGCUCUUAUAUUUCUUUUUAAUAUACAAUAUUUUUCACUUGUUAUCUAGGGCAAGCUGUUGCAUGUUUUUGACAGCACCUCUAGGUGCAGGAACUUAAGAAGUUCCUGUAACGCUCCCAAGAACAGGAGGGAGAUAAGCAUUCAAUAUAUCCUGACUCCUACACUAGAUCUGCUCCUUCCAGUGCCACCCAUCUUCAUAUCGUUAUUUAUCUAGAUAGAACAAUAGCUGGCUUCAGAAGAACUGAACAAAAUAUGCAUCAUCUUCAAACUUCAUCUGAGAAUUUUUGAUAUCACAACGAAGUUGUAUCAGCAGACAGGUGAGACAAUGCAUUUUGGGAAGACUUCAGUUGCAGGAACAACUGUUUGGAAGUAAACUGAACGCUGAGUGUGUAAGCUGUUUGGACCUGCCUGGGACUAGUACCUAACCUUGCCAACAUUGCUGUUCCCUUCGGGCAAAUUCAUCACUUGUAUGGAGAUCAGCACAUCUGGGCCUGCUUUUGGCAUUCUGGAAAAAAACAAACCAAACAACAGCAGUGGCUUUAUGGGAUUGCUCAUUUCAUGGUAUAAUUCUUGUGUUAACUGGCUGAAAAAGUCACCUCUUCAGCCUAAAUGUCCUUAACUGUUCUGAGACUGAGCAAUUUGUCCUGACAUGGGGAAUGAUUAUACCCAAAUUAAACUUUAGAGCUUCUGUUAGUAGCUAUAAACCAGACUUUUAAAAACCAUUCUGUUGUUUCAAAUUUCGGCAGGGGAGAGAGAGGGAGGGAGCUGACCUACUUGAAUAUCAAGCUUCUUGAGGAUGUAGUAUCACCAAGUUCUAUCUGUCCAUUUUAUAUUGUUGCAUCUGUUUUUUGUAGUUAGCAUGAAAGCAGGAGUUCAGUUGUACAUUCUGGGUAACUCAACAGAAAUGCAGCUGGGGGCAGCCUGUGCCCCACAGACUGAAUCACCCAGAAACACCUCGGGUGCUCAGACUGGCCACUCAUGGUGGCAGAGUCCUCAGCUAUUUGCUGCCCUAGACAAAACAGCUCUGACAAAACCCCCUGCAGCUUAUCCCCCAAGCACAGGGGAGGAUGCACACCAGUCACCCUGCUGCUGCUGGGCACCAGGGUGAUGGCUGCAAUCCAGUUCAAAGGACAAGACUGUAGGCACAUGUGUUUGCUAGAGAGAUGCACCAGAUAACUAUGAUGCUAUGACAAAACUAGAUUUAAACCACACCAGUAUUUAAAAGUUUGUCCAUGUACAGAUAGGUGCAAGUUUUUUUUCAUUUUUCAAAGCUUUAUACCAUCAGUCAGCAGACAUCUCUUGCCAGGUAGGAUAUGCAUGGAUAUUUAUAUUUAAAAUAAAUAAAGUAGAUCAAUAGAAACAAUCAUGAUGGGCAAUGUGGAGAUAAGCAUCCACUGAGGAGUGGAGCAUGCUUCAUUUCAGUAGUCCAACAUCAUAUUUUAAAUUUAAUUAAUGUUUAAUUUGGUGGCCCGAGUAAGGGGUUAAGGCUGACAGGAUUGCUUCUCUCAGCUGUUAUUCCUGAGCCAAGAAACAAGCAGUGAAGUGCUGCUUUGAGGACAGAGUAUGUCUGAGUGAUUCUUUCAAGCACGCUUCAGAGAAAGACAGUCUCCUCUUACAAGCUACUUGAGCUCCCACAGCACCACACCCUACUUUGAAGGCUAGGAUGUCAAACUGGUUGUCUUUCCCCUCUGGAGAGGAGGUGGAUCCAGAAUGUUUGGGCACCCUCCUCAUUGGGUGCUGCCGCUGCUUCCCCAGCUCUCUGUGCUUCCUGCCUGGGUAAUAAAUAAGUUUCUUGGAGCACAGGUAGUGCCUAAUGUGCUGCUCACAGCCUGGCUCUAGCAGAGUUGCUUGCUUUUCUUACUUGCCUUGUACACAAGAAGGUUUCUCUCUCUCUUGCAGAGUUUGGGUGUGGUGGUGAGAAACCUCUUCGGAGAGAGCUGCUGAUUCCAGGUGUCUCCCUCUAACCUUGGCACUGCAGCUGCAACAUCUGCUAUCAUUGCUUGUAAAAAAACAACUGGUGCAAUCGAAGCACUGCAUAAAGGAGCAUGGAGAAAUUCAGAAGUAUUUUUCUUUUGUGCCUUGGCUUCCUUCUAGUCCAUGUAAGAGGUCAACGUGAUUUUGAUUUAGCUGAUGCCCUUGAUCACCCUGAUGACAUAAUUACCAGGAAGCCUACAGUGAUCAGAAGACCAACAAGACCUGUGUUCAACAAUGAUCUGAAUUUGGGAGAUGCUCUUGGUGGGGGUGACAUCUCAAGAAAACCUUUAUACCCACCUCUUCCACCACGCCCGGGAACUUACGGUAAUUCUGGAGGUUUUGAUGACUCAGAUCUCCUUGAUGGAAAGCCUUUACCACCAGGAGAAGAAGAGCAUCAUUUCAAUCAUGGAGGGAACACAGAUUCGGGUCUAAUAGCUGGAGUUACAUCUCCUGUAAUUUCUGCUUUUGUAAUACUGGUUGUUGGAUCAAUAGCAGCCUACAGCGCCUACAAGAAUAAGAAACUUUGUUUCAAGCCACGUGGUGGGGCUACUGUGUAAACCACUGCAAGAAGAGUUGCUGUCUGAUCACAGGCUCCUUUGGUUGGUGACAUUCUACAUUGCCAUUCCAACAGAAGAAAAUCUCCCUCUAAUGACCGUUUCCUGGAGACAUUGCAAUCCUGCUCUCUCUAACCUGAUGUCACUUUUGCACCUUGAGUUUUAUGUCAUCAAAGAUAUGCUUAAAACAUCCAGGGAUUGUAUUGAACUUUCUGACCUGCAUUCAUAAGGGCUGGAUACAGAUUUUGACUCAGAACUUAUCUUAAGUACAAAGAAAUCAAGUUUGAUUUAAGCUAAAAGUUGAAAGAUUUGGGUUUGUGAGGAUUUGAGUCACCAAAUAAAUUUUUUUUCUGUUUUCAAAAUUAGCCAAAAAACUUAAUUCUUCUGAUAGAAUUGGGAUAAGGACUUUGCUAUUUCCUUUCAUGCUUGUUGGGUUUCUCCAGUAUAUUUCUGUAAUGUUUACUAUGUUUAAAGAAAAAUUGUAGUUGUCAAAAGGAUUAAAAAUUUGAAUGCGUUUACUUUGUAUUUAUGUCUAAACACUGGCAAAGCGAAAGGAAUUGUAGCUAGAAAAUUCCUUCUUAAUUUUAUAAUAAAUAAUAAAAAAGAUUAUGUAUAUUGACAAACCACUGUUUGAAAUACAAUAGAGAGAAAGACAUGCUAAUUUUAUUUAUUUAUUUAUUUGAUAAUUACUGAAAUGGUAGUUAGCUCUUCUCAGGAACUAGAAUUUCACUUAAGUUUAAUUUCUCUUCUUGAAAACUUAGGCUUGACUCUAGGAACCUUUGAAGGCAUUAAUUUAGCAAGAUGGUUUUUUUUUAAAAAAAAACAUAUUAUUCCUAACUUCUGAAGAGGGAAAAUUGGUACAAAACUUUUUCUGAUUCAUUUAGAAUGAGUGUGUGAUGCUUCAGCCUCUAAAAUCUAAGUCAUAAUGACUUUUAAACUUCGUACUAUGUGGAGAUGUGGUUGACAUAGUUUUUCUUGCUAGACUGUUUCAUGUCUUUCCCUCAUUCCUGACUGACCUUUCUAUGCUAACAAUGUAGACAAACCUAUCACAAAAACUGACACUUUUCCUGUCUCUCUAUCUUCAUUUAGCUAACUGGAUCAAAAAAACAGCAAGUGAAUGAAAUACAGAUGAAAGCUGGCAAAACUAGCUUUUACUAGUUAAAUUUAUGUAUUGCAGAAUACAUAAAUUUUACUAGUAAAUAAAUGUAUUGCAGAAUUAUGUCAGUUAUUACUGACAUAAUUCUGCAAUACAACCAUUUUAGCUAACUUUUAAAGCAUAAGGAAACUGGUGUGGUUUUAUCUUCAUUUUAUAGCAAAGCAUGGUUUUUUUAGAAGAAUUCCAUUUAAAUGGAGAUGAACAUGAUUUUGUGUUUAUUACAUCAUUGAGAGGAAGACAUAUACUAAAAAAUACUUUUUCAUAAAAUAAAAUACUAUUUAUCUAAAUUGUAUUUUAAAUGGAUAUAUAUCAGUUGCUUGCUUAGAUGCCACUUUUUUUUUUUUCCUUCUGAUCCUGGAAGAAAUGAUAACAUACAUCAGUUUAAACAUAGAAACAUCUUGACAACAUACAAACAAACAGAUGCCUUUGUGGCUAUCACUUUCAACUUAUGAAUGAAAAAAUAUUUUUAAUAUGGUUUUCAAGAACAUUUAAUAUUUCUUUUAAAAUAUUAUUUUUCCAUGUUAAUAGUUAAUCCAGAUUGACAUAUAUUUAUUCAGAUAGACAUGAAGAUUUGAUUAAUGAAAUCAAACAGCAAGUGUUUUGAUGUUACAACUUCAGUUGUUUGUUCAACCAUGAAAAUAUAUAUUUUGCUUCUUUCUCUUCAAUAUUUUCAAUAAACACCUGCAGUGUUUUAUCUAAGAUGACUCAAGUUUUGUUUUUUUUGUUUGCUACCUUCUGUGACAUAUGAGAAUUGGUACCUUCUAUAUACAAGUUCAACUGUGUCCCACUAGGGAAAAGAAGGAAAUGCUUCAAACUAAGGAAAAAUUAAAGGAGAAAAAACCCCAGUAUAAUCAAAACAGCUUAACUAUCUAUUCUUUUUUUCUCUAUUUUUUUUAAGUGUCUAGAGAAGGAUCUAUGUGCAACAUUUUUGGUUUUGCUAUACUAUGACAAUUUAUUUAACAUUUUUCAUAAUAUUUUCAAAAUAAUUUAUUAUUUGUUGAUAUUAAUAGCCAAAACCCAGAUUUAUUAUGGAGAAUUUGAACAGAACUUAUGAAUCAGAAUGGAUAAACCCUGACUACCCAAGUGUUUAGCCCCCUGAAGCUCUU